GAAAAAGGCCGCGGUGGCAGCAACACCAAAGGUGAAGAGCCGCAGCGGCGGCGGGGGAGGAGAAGUACACCGCCAGAACAACAAAACGGCUGUCACGGUGAGAGGAAAAAGGCCGCGGAAAAAGGCCGCGGUGGCAGCAACACCAAAGGUGAAGAGCCGCAGCGGCGGCGGGGGAGGAGAAGUACACCGCCAGAACAACAAAACGGCUGUCACGGUGAGAGGAAAAAGGCCGCGGUGGCAGAAAAAGGCCGCGGUGGCAGCAACACCAAAGGUGAAGAGCCGCAGCGGCGGCGGGGGAGG